AUGACUUAUUGGAAUGGUACUAUUUUGGGUCCACCACAUCUGAAUCAUGAAAAUAGAAUUUAUUCAUUAAAUAUCAUAUGUGAUGAAAAUUAUCCUGAUAAGCCACCAAUUGUAACUUUUGUUUCAAAAAUUAACUUACCUUGUGUUGAUAGUAAUGGGAAAGUUUUAGUUGAUGAGUUUGAUACUUUGAAGAAUUGGAAACGAUCUUAUACUAUGGAAACUAUAUUGUUGGAAUUGAGAAAAAGUAUGGCAUCUCCAGCAAAUAAAAAAUUACAACAACCACCUGAAGGUUCCACUUAUUAA